AUGCAGCUCCUCACUCCCCUCACCCUCCUCGCUCUCAGCGCGCACUCCGUCCUCAGCCUCCCGCAAGCCUGCACCGCCAAAAACCCCUGCAUAAAGCCUAAAGGCAAAGUCGAGCUUAAAUUCGUCAGCAAGAAUCUCGGUGGCUUCAACUACAACGUCAAGAUCGACAAAUAUACUUCCAUCUAUUUCGACAUGAAAAAGAAGGAUGCUGGCCCCAUCAGAACGGUUUGUAUGCCGGACAAUCCGUUGUACGGUCGGCUUAAGUGCAAGUUCAAGGGUGAAUUCGUAGACGAGCUCCCGGGUGCGCUCACGAAGGGGCAGUGCCUGCACCCGAAUAUGGUGGUGAUGGGCGUUAAGUGUACUGUAGGCUGA